GUUAAUCAUGGUGAUUUCUUCUAAAAUGGCCCAAUAGUUCUCUUGGUUCUGUGUUCAGUGUGGGGAGAAGGCGGUUUAUUUCAAUAGAAAUUUGGAUAGCAACAGACUUAAGAAUGUAUUCUCUUCUUUGUCUACAGAUCCCCAGGAUCAUCCACGCAAUGGCUGGGGGAAGGAACAGCACAAUCACGAUGUUCAUUCUCUUGGGAUUCUCUGAAUUUCCAAAACUCACCGUUGUCCUCUUUUCGGUAUUCCUAGGGAUCUAUCUCAUGACGGUGUCCUGGAACGUGGGUCUCCUCUCCCUCAUCAGGAUGGACUCCCAUCUGCACACACCUAUGUACUUCUUCCUCAGUAACCUGUCUUUACUGGACAUCUGCUAUGUUUCCACUAUAUCUCCCAGGAUGCUGGCAGACUUCUUCCAGAAGCAGAAAUCCAUCUCCUUUGUGGGGUGCACCAUGCAGUACUUCUUCUUCUCCAGCCUGGGCCUGACCGAGUGCUGCCUCCUGGCAGCCAUGGCCUAUGAUCGAUAUGCUGCCAUCUGCAAUCCUCUGCUCUACACGGCCAUCAUGUCCCCCACCCUCUGUGUGCAGAUGGUGGCAGGAUCUUGUAUCACCGGUUUCCUUGGCUCAUUUAUCCAACUGUGUGCCUUACUUCAGCUCCAUUUCUGUGGGCCAAACGUCAUCAACCACUUCUUCUGUGAUCUUCCCCAACUGCUGAUCCUGUCCUGCUCUGAUACCUUUUUCUUUCAAAUCAUGACCUCUGUGCUCACAGUGAUCUUUGGACUCACAUCUGUCCUGAUUAUCAUGAUAUCCUAUGGUUAUAUCGUUGCCACCAUUUUAAGGAUCACUUCUGCUGAAGGCAGGACCAAGGCCUUCAACACCUGUACUUCUCACCUGACGGCAGUGACCCUCUUCUUUGGCUCAGGUAUCUUUGUUUAUAUGUAUCCAAACUCUGUUGAUUCCCUGAGUCAAAACAAGUUGGCAUCAGUCUUAUACACUGUUAUCAUCCCCAUGUUAAAUCCACUGAUCUACAGCCUGAGGAACAAGGAAAUCAAAGAUGCCCUAAGCAGGUGGGAGAAAAGAAUCUUCUCCUGGUGUUACUAAUUAUGGGAUUUACUGCAGAUGUACAGUGUAGUAGAAAGGACAACUAAAACACUGACCCACAACCCUCUUAAUUGUGGGCUGAAUGCAGUUGUUAUGCUUCUCUGAUUUAAGCCCACAA